AUGUCCAAAACAUUUUUAAUUCUAACCUUCACCAUUUGGUUGCUUUCCUCAACUACUGCUACUAAAAAUAAAUCUAAUGGUCUACUCGACGAAUUAUUAGAUUUGGAACUAGCUAAGAAGCUAGUUAAAGAGAUUAAUGUAAAAGCUGCUGGAAUAUGGACUGCUUCAGUUAACGAGUUGAGUCGUUUGCCUUUGGCAAAGCAAAAGAUCCUUUGUGGGGCUAAACUCAGUGCUGAACUGAAAUUAAACAAAACCGAAGCAGAACCUCCAAAAUUCAAUACAAAAGCGGGAGCUCAAUGCACCACAAAGAUAGAUUUUGACGCCAGAACUCAAUGGCCUGGAUGUUCCUCAAUUAUCGGACGAAUUCAAAAUCAAGGCCAAUGUGGCAGUUGUUGGGCAGUUUCCACGGCUUCUGCCUUUACUGAUCGUUACUGCAUUGCUAGAGCCAAGAAGGGACAGAAUUCUGCAGGAAAUGAUGCCUCUCUUCAAUUUUCGGCUCUAGACGUGCUAACAUGUUCAAUGCAGGGAGAUGGUUGCUGGGGUGGUUCGCCUUCUCAAGCCUGGAGAUGGAUACAAACUACGGGGGUUUGUACUGGAACUGAUUAUAACUGGAGAAGUGGAUGUAAACCUUAUCCUUUCUCGCCGAGCCAAGCUGGGCCUGCCCCUCCAUGCAAGUCGUCGUGCACAGCAAGCUGGAAAACUGCUUAUCCACAGGAUAAACAUAUGGGUAAUCUAUUUGAAUUUAUUUAA